AGCUACAUGUCGUCCUCUUCCUUCACCUCGUCAUCAUAUAGCAGCUCCUCGCCCACGAAUCCACAGGGCAGCACGACGCGGUACACGGAACAGGCACACUCGAACUCGCGCGAUGGCACGACGGUGCGGCGCACGCAUGAGGAGACAGGCAGGCCAACCCUCGACGAGACGCGGCACUAUCCGCAUUCCUCUUCGGGGCGGGUUGAGGGCGAGAAUGUGAGAAGAAUCGAGGAUGUCACGGGUACCGAGGAGGAUGACGGCCGCGACGAUCGAGACCAGGCCACGGAGCAGGCGAAGAGGGACCACGAAUAUGAAGAGCGCAUGGAGGAUGAGUAUGCCAAGCGUGAGGGUGGUGCGUGA